AUGUCUGCUAUCCAAGAUUCGCCUAUUAUGAGCGAAAAGGCUACAGUCGUCCCUCGUACUCCAGCGCAAGACCAGCCACCAGACACAGCACCGUACUCCAUCUUCACCCGUGGCGAAAAGCGGUGGGUCGUUUUCCUCGUCGCAUACGCUGGACUUUUUUCUCCUCUCAGUAGCUUCAUCUACUAUCCGGCGUUGUACGAUCUUGCGCACGAUCUGAGAAUUACACUCACCAUGGCUAAUCUAUCAAUCACGACCUAUAUGGUUGUAUCUGGAAUAGCGCCUUCAAUACUGGGUGACAUGGCUGAUACCAUGGGUCGCCGACCAUUGUUUCUAUUCGCUAUACUUAUAUAUACCAUUGCCAAUGUGGGUUUGGCCGUUCAAAGAUCAUAUCCAGCAUUGCUUGUACUGCGGAUGUUGCAGAGUGCUGGCUCAAGUGGAACGAUUUCAUUCGGCUACGCCGUCGUCAGUGACAUUGCUACGCCUGCUGAACGAGGCGGGUUUAUCGGAGCAGUCCUACUCGGCCCGAACGUAGCACCCAGUCUCGGUCCUGUCCUGGGAGGCAUACUCGUACAAUACGCUGGGUGGCCUUGGAUCUUCUGGACGCUUGCGAUAUUGUCCGGCAUCAACUUCUGCAUACUCGCCAUUACGCUCCCAGAGACCGCUCGAAAGAUCGUCGGAAAUGGGUCGAUUAUGCCUACACGUCUUCUUAACAGGUCUUACUUGACUCACAUGAAGCUCAAAUUGAACAAAUCAUCAACAGCAAGUUCUGAGGGCUCAACGGAUGUUCAGCGGACGAGAAUGCCCAGCCUCAAACCAUGUUUCAGAGCCCUUUGGCAGAAAGAGAACGCAUUGAUUAUGCUCAUCAACGGGUUGUUCUACAUGACUUACUGCUGUGUUCAAGCGUCACUUUCGACCCUUUUCAUAACGAUCUAUGGCUUCGAGGAACUAUACGCUGGCUUAAUAUAUAUUCCAUUCGGAGUCGGUUGCGCUUUGGCUUCUUAUACUUGCGGCUAUGUCAUGGACUGGGAGUAUCGGAGAGUCGCUUCAAGCUUGGAUUUCUCAAUCGAUCGAACAUGCGGUGAUAACCUCCUGGAAUUUCCCAUAGAGAAGGCUCGCUUGCGCGCCACGUAUUUCUACAUGGGUGCUGCAGCUGUGACCACCAUUGGGUACGGAUGGGCUUUGGAUACGCAUACGCAUUUCGCCAUACCUCUGGUUCUCCAGUUCUUCAUCGGUGCCUCGAUCACCGGGGUAUUCAACGCUUGCGGCACUUUACUUGUCGAUGUCAAUCCGAUCCGCCCCGCAACAGCUAGUGCAGCUGCCAAUCUAUUCCGUUGCCUGCUUGCCGCCGCAGCUCUAGCAGCCUUAGAUGCUAUCAUCUCAAAGCUAGGAACUGGAUGGACUUUCACAUUGUUGAUAGGCCUUACUUUAUUAGCAGUGCCUAUGGCAUUUCUACUACAACACGCUGGAAAAGAUUGGAGACAGAAAAGUCGGAACCAGUCAUCAAAGUGA